AUGGCUGCAAUCGGAGAUGCUUCCAUUCCACCACCCUCGGUCAAUAAAUACAAUCCCGAUUCUUCCACGAUCGAAGUUCCAGAUGGUCUUGGAGGAGUCCAAAAUAUUCAAAUUCAGAAGAUGACUGCCACCGCUCACUUUGGCUGUCCCCUCGAUUUGAAAUUGAUUGCCUUCAAGUGUCGGUAUGCUGAUUUCAACCCUCGAAGGCAUGGGGCGUUGACGAUGCGCUUAACACAACUUCAAACGGUCGGUGUAAUGUUCGCAAGCGGCAAACUGAUAAUUACCGAAGCGGAUUCCAUAGCCAAGGCCGAGAGUGCCUGUAAGGAAUUUCGAUUGGUGAUCGAAAAGAUUGGAUUUAAACCAAAGGAGUUUGGUGCAAUGGAUUUCAAGAUAAAGAAUGUAAUGGGAACUGCCAAUGUUGGAUUCCCAAUAAAACUGGAGGAAUUAUCUUACGCUCAUUCCGAUUAUACCAGUUAUGAGCCAGAAGUAUUCCCAGGCCUCGUCUACCGAAUGGACCGUACUGAAGUUGUCAUCCUUGUCUUUUCAUCUGGUAAAAUUGUCCUAACUGGGUCCAGAAAGCGUACUGACCUGAAGAAUGCUUACACGAAAUUCUACCCAAUUUUGAUGCAAUUCAAGGCAAAAUAUAGUACCAAGGGGAGCGCACCAACGUCAAAUCAAGGCACACCGACGCCUCAAGAUUCUUCUCGAGAUCGGGAUGGAGAUGUUGUGAUGAGGUAG